AUGUCUGCAGCAGUUGGAGGCGCUCCGCCCGCCCAUGGGCAUAGCGAUUCUGUAAACGGCAGAAACCCUACCAUCCCUGCCAUCCCUUCUGUCAACGGAAGCGUUUCACUACCUGAUCAUACGCGCAAACUGUCGAUGACAGUUACACCAGCUGGCGCCACCGGCUUUGCAGCAAACGGUGGAGCUCCUAGUGGCCCUCAAAACAAGCCGGGAAACAUUCAGUUCGGUUCGUUGGGAGUGGCCAACCCUGCUGUUUCCCCUGCGAUGGGCACACCUUCGUUGGCGCAUCAAAACUCGGCAAAUCUCAGUGUGGGCCAACUGAAUCCUCGCGCGACAUCUCCCUCCAAUUCCCCGUCGCCGAUUCCUCAGCCUGCUUCCGUCAGUGGCGGUCGCCCUCCUACUGGCUUCCAAGGUCCAGGCAAUGGAUAUACAUUUGGACAGCUUUCCGGCGAUCAGAAUGACCCGAGUGGCAUGACCAGACCGAUAUCUCAACUCCAAUUUGGACCUCAACAAGAGCAUAUGAGACGAGGCUCUUCGCAGUCGAUUCACAGCGACGUCGGUGGCCCAGGCAUCCCAGCGGGCCCAAACCGUGGAGGCUUUCCAGGUGGUCCAGGUCGUGGGAGAGGGUUCAAUCCUCCAUAUCAGCAACAGCCCAUGCAUUUCUCUCCCCAACAACAAUUCCGACCUACUUCGAACGGACGCUCAUUCCAAUCCGGGUAUCAGGGUCGAGGUCAACCACUCCCUUACCAAGGAUCUCCCGCUAUGGGCACCCGUAGCCCUGCUCUUGUCAAUGCCCAACCGGGAACGCCGAAUAUGGGAGGACAGAUACACAUGGUACAGCCCGGGAUGCAACCUCAACCCAAUGGAUAUUAUAAUAUGGGACCCCAACAUGUAAAGAACCACCCACCGUUUUCUUCUACCCGUGAUCCCGCCAGAGAACCUGCAAGAGAGAGAGGCAAAUCUACGAGAGGCCGGAACCGUGGCGGUCGUGGAGCUGGUCGCGGUAAAGGCCCUGGUAGAGGUGGACACGAGGAGGGAUCAACUUUCUACAGCAAAGAUCCAGCCUCGGACCACUAUCGCCCCGAUCUCGCGCAUCCAUCUGUUCAAGUUGUCCCCGAACUUGUGCAACCCCCUGUUCAAGUUGUCACAAAUAAUCCCAGUGUACUUCCUUACCCUGAUCUGUCCCCUGAGUCUGGCAAUUUUGAACGUUAUUCGGAACACUUGCUGACUGCAAGAGCACAGGCCUUCCCAAUGACGCAGGCUGAUCCUAGCAUUCAGCAAAUGUAUUUGCAGCAAAUGUAUGCCCCAGGGGCUAUGCAGGCCCAAUACAAUCCCCAAUACGGCAUGCAACCCCAAUCUCCUCGCCCGCACUUUAAUCAGGGCAUGUAUGCAACCAGCAUGCAGCCUUCAUACAGCAACCAGGGCGGUCCGCCGCCUUCGAUGUCGAGGCAGUCGUCCCAAAUAUCUGCCCCUGAUCGACCUGGAUCCAGCAUUGGCCAACAGCCGUCGACUCCGGGCCCUGCUGGUGGUCCUCCGCACCCGGCCAAUCGAGCACCAAGUGUGUCCUCGCAAAAGUCAAACUAUACCAUUCCCCCGAAGAAGAGUGCUGCCGUCCCAAUCAAGAAUACCGCUGGCGAGGUUGUCUCUUUCAAUAAGUCACCCGCAUCGCCUGCAAACCCGACUCCAGUUUCAGCUACGGUUCCGCCGCAAUCUGCAUCCACGCCUCCGAGUCGGACUGCCAGCGCUGCCGACAAUGCUCACGGCCGAACAGAAAGCGUCAGCACAAAAUCCGCAGAAGAAGUCAAGAAGCAAAUGCAAGAAGCUGUCGCGAAGAAGAUUGCAGAGGAUGAGGCUAGGUUGAAACUGGAGAAGGAAAUGGCCGAAAAGGCGGAGAUGGAGAAAGAAGCUGCAGCGCUGGCCGAGCGGGAGGCCGCCGAGGCUCAGGCCAAGGCGGAGGCGAUGGAGAAAGAAGCGAAAGAGGCGAAAGAGGCUGCGGAGAAAGCUGAGGCUGCUAAGCAAGCCGAAGAAACAAAGCCUGCAGAGGCUACAGCAGCGCCUUCCAGUUCCCAGCAGGACGAGCUUGACCUGGAGGCCCUUGCCGCUGAAAUGGAAGCCGAAGAGGCUGCCAGGGAAGCAGAAGAACUGAAGCGGGAAGAAGAAUACGCAAAGAGAAAAGCUGCUCAACGCGAGGCCCAACGGAAGAAGGAGGAGGAAGAAGCCGCAGCCUAUGAAGCUAACAUGAAGGAGUUGGAACGCAAAGCCGAAGAGGAAGAACUGGCCCGCGAAAAGGAAAAGACGGAAGGCGUAUCAGGAGAUGAAGCCAGCAAAAAACUCUUCGCUGAGCUCAAGCCCAACCCCUUUGGUACGCCUGCGUCUGUUGAAAGCCCUGCUGGCCCGACGACGCCUGCCGAAAGCGGGACUGCGACGCCCGUCUCGGACGUGUCAAUGCCGCCUCCUGCAAAGGCUCCUGGUCGCCGAACCAAGGCCGCGGAGCUCACCCUCGAUACCAAGAAGCCUGUGGAGCCUCCGGAGCCAAGUGCAACGCUGAAAGCCCUUCAGUCUGCCAAGAAGCUCGGUGAUAUCUCCAAGGUGAUUUAUCCGUCAGAUAUCGCAUCGCCCAAUCCUGCACUUAACGCGAACGCCCCGGCCGAUCGCGGCUUCAAAUACAACAAAGAGUUCCUCCUCCAGUUCCAGAGUGUGUUCAAAGAGAAGCCGACCCUUGACUGGGAUGCUCGUAUUCGGGAUGCGUUGGGCGACGGAGACGCUUCGGCCCGGCCGAGUGCGUCGGCCAGGACUCCUUCGGGCAUGGGUAAUCGCAGUGCUUCGUCUCGUGGAGCUCCUCCUAUGGGCAACUAUGCGCCCAUGGGCGCGUUUGCUGGCGGGGUGAAUCGACCAACACUUCCGCCAGGUACGACUUCAGAGCAACGAUUCGCUGCAUCGAAUGCCAUGAGGAGUGGCGGCAUGGCAGCAGCGAAUCCAUUUGCCCAGUUCUCACGCCCAGGAGGUCAGAUGCAGGCUCCCAUGGGUGGCCGGACGCCUUCUAACAACCCGCUCGGGCCUAUUCCUGGCUCACCUCGCGUCGGCGGUGCAAGUCGUGGGGGCUCACGUGUUGAGAGCAAGCGCUCCAAGCAGAACCACAAGGCAGCGGCAGAAGAAAACAAAUCCAUGCCUCUUACUGCGGGUAUGGCUAUCACAGCUCUGGAGACCUCGUCCACUGGGUGGAAACCAAGGAGUCUCGUUCAGACCAUCGUUACCGGGCCUGCUCCGGGUGGUGACGGCUUGAUGGAUCCUGAGACCGUGCAGCGCAAGACCAAGGCGCUUCUGAACAAGAUGACCCCCGAGAAAUUCGACAAAAUCUCGGAUCAGAUUUUGGACAUCGCGGCCCAGUCCAAACACGAAACAGAUGGUCGAACACUACGACAGGUUAUCCAGCUCACCUUUGAAAAGGCCACUGAUGAAGCUCACUGGGCAGGCAUGUACGCCUCGUUCUGCCGACGCAUGUUGGAAAGCAUGAGCGCCGACAUCAGAGAUGAGGGGAUCAAAGACAAGAACGGCAAUGUUGUGACUGGUGGUAACUUGUUCCGGAAAUACCUCCUCAAUCGUUGCCAAGAGGAGUUUGAACGAGGCUGGAAGGUCAAUCUGCCUCCCCGGCCGGAGGGAGAAUCCGAAGAGGCGGCCAUGCUCUCAGAUGAGUAUUAUAUCGCGGCAGCUGCCAAACGCCGCGGUCUCGGUCUGGUCAAAUUCAUCGGUGAAUUGUUCAAAUUGUCCAUGCUGACUGAACGUAUCAUGCAUGAGUGCGUAAAGAAACUUGUCGACUAUGAAGGAACCCCGGAUGAAGCUGAAAUUGAAAGCUUGACGAGCUUACUGCGGACAGUCGGCAAACAGCUUGACAACCCCGAGAGCAAAGCGCAGGGACGGAUGGAUCUCUAUUUUGAGCGCAUCAAGUCCAUGAUCGAGCUUCCAGAACUUCCCAGCCGUCUCAGAUUUAUGCUCAUGGAUAUAAUCGAUCUACGAGCCAAAGGAUGGGCCUCGAAAGAAGACAACAAAGGUCCGAAGACGAUCACCGAGAUUCGCGAAGAGGCAGAACGCCAGGCACGUGAGGACGAACUCAGGAGACUGGCGACUCAGAGCGGUGGUCGUGGUGGAGGCCGGAUGCCCAUGGGCCGUGGCGAUGCUCGAAGUUUCAGCGGCUUCGGUGGACAAGUCCCGCCUCCUGACACGUCAAACCGAGUCGGCACCGAUGACCUUCGAAAGCUCGGUAACCGCAACGCUCGCCAUCCCAGCCAUACGUCUGGUCCUGGUCCGUUGGGACCCCCUAGUUUGAUGGGUGGGCGUACCAACAGUGGGCGUCGUGGACUUGGACCCGGUGGUCUCUUGGGCCGAGGAGAUGAUAGUGCUACUAGCAGCCGCACUGGGACGCCGCCGGCUCAGAAGGACAAGGAGAAGAAGGAUGAGUCGAGCACAAAUGCUUUCAGUGCUCUUGCCGCUCUCGAGAAUGACGGACCUGGAUCACCACCAUCAAAUCCCGCAUCACCUCCCGUGCAAAAGUCGCAGCCAAGCAUCGAACGAGAACGAUCGAGAUCACCGGUCAAAAGCGCCGAGUGA